CGGACGUGGCCGCGGAAGUGGGUGGCGGGGCCGGGCCGUACCACGCCGGGACAGGACGGGACGGGCUGGGCUGGGUUGGGCUGUGCUGAGCCGCUCCGUACCGAGCCGCGUCGCCUCCCCGUGCCGAGCCGCAUCCCCUGUAGGCGGCCGCCGACGGAGCCAUGUCGCGGGGCAGCGGGAAGGGACUCAGCCUGAAGGACAAGCUGGACGGGAACGAGCUGGACCUGAGCCUCUGCGACCUGAACGAGGUGCCGGUGCGGGAGUUGGCUGCUCUUCCGAAAGCUACUAUCUUGGAUUUGUCCUGUAACAACCUCAUUUCCUUGCCGUCAGACUUCUGCAGUUUGAUGCAUCUGGUGAAACUGGAUUUGAGUAAAAAUCGGUUGCAACAGCUGCCCUUGGACUUUGGCCGCCUGAUCAAUCUGCAGCACCUGGACCUUCUGAACAACCGCUUGGUCACCCUGCCAGUCAGCUUUGCACAGCUCAAGAACCUGAAGUGGCUGGAUCUGAAGGACAAUCCCCUGGAUCCUGUCCUGGCUAAAGUGGCAGGAGACUGUCUGGAUGAGAAGCAGUGUAAACAGGCUGCUGUCAAGGUACUGCAGCACAUGAAAGCAAUCCAGUCUGAGCAAGAUCGACAACGGCAGCAGAAACUCCAGGCAGAGAGAGAAAUGGAGAAGAAGCGUGAAGCAGAACAGCGAGCAAAGGAGGCUCAGGAGAGAGAACUGCGUAAGCGAGAGAAGGCAGAGGAAAAGGAACGCAGAAGGCGGGAGUACGAUGCUCAGAAAGCUGCAAAACAGGAGAUGGAAAAGAAAACUAAAAAAGAAACAGUGCAUACCCGAAAGCCAGCCUCCAGCUCCCGUCCACCUCAGCGCCCCCGGCACAAGCUCUCAUGGUCGCGGUCAGUGCUGAGAGUCCUGCUCUUCGUGCUGUUCUGCAUCCUCUGUACUCUGGCGGCCUGCAAGCUGACAGAGCUGCAGCAUCAACCUCUGUGCAUCAGUGUGAACACCCUCUACGAGGAUGUGGUGGCUGCUCUGCAGAACCACAAAACCCUGCAGAACAUGCUACAGCACAACUCGAAGUAGUGAUUGUCCUGGAUGGGCACUUGCUUCGUCAGCAUCUCCUUCCACCAUGUACGCAGCCAGAAUUCCUAUGGAAUCGUGUUCUGAUGAAACUGCUUUGAACCAGUCAGCAUUGGUUUGCUGGUCCACUCCACAGAGCAAAGCUAUUGUUCAAACCAUCUUUGUUGUGCAUGUCUCUCAGUCGGCCUGUAAACUCCCAUUAUUUGUGCACGUUAACCUAAACUUGUGACCACUCCUUGCCUCAAAGUGGCGUCCACCAGGAUUGUGAGGUAUAGGAAGUUGUCAGUCUAUAGGAAUGGGAUCAAGCAGCCCUCACAUCACCUGGGUGAGACAGCUGUAGCUCUGAGCUGGAGGUGGAAGGUUUUUAAUACAUAUCCAUUCCUUGCUCUCAUUUCUGUUUGUGCUAAAAUUGGUGGUAUGGCUGUAUGGGAAUAAUACACUAAGGCCCCACUCCAGGGCCAACUGCAAGCAUGUAAGAUGGCUGUGCAUCCUUAUGUUGGAGCAAAGAGGCUGAUGUGCUAUUGAAAGGAGCUGAAAAUUUUCAAUACAACAAUUUUCACAGCAA